UGUCCUGCCGAUGUGCUUAUCAUUUGUCUACCUAUCUGAGCUAGGCGAGAUUAUGGUUUGAGGCCGAGACGACAGCUCCUAAUCGACUCAAACGGCAGCGUAAAAACAUUUGACUGUUCAUUGCCGAUUCACCAGAGGUUGCUUCUGUUGUUCUGUUGCAGCUACUCCUACACUCCUGCAGCAAUCUCUUACCUCCACUCCAAUCAGUGGCUGGCAGUCUGGUAAUCUCCGCUACAGAGGACCCUCAAAACUUGGCCGCUAGCUCCACCCAAGCUAUCAUUGACACUUGACAGCAACCCUCAGCCCAUCCAUCACAUCCUAGAUGUGCAUGUGCAUGUGAGAGCGUCGUAAUUCAUUCGACCACUCUCCCUCCAACUUUCUGCCCCGACACUGUCAUUGGGGUUCGUAUUGGCCUCAGCGAUCACGGCUGCACAAUACCAUGACAGUUUGAUAGCGCACGGUUGGGCCAGAGUGAUUAGUGGCACUGAAAGGCAAGAUAUUUGUCUCAGGGAGAUAGAGGGAGAAUCGGAGUGCAUAAGGACACUCUGUGACAGUUUCGCAGAAAAAGUUGGAGAUUUCACGCCUCACCAACAAUCAUCCAAUCUGUCCUCUCUUGACUCUUUUUUUAUCUGCGCAUUGACGGUCUACAAAGAACAUUUCGCUUCUGAAUAUCGAGUGCAAAACCCAUUCAACAAAUCCUGGCUUCUGGGACCUGGAUCUGCACUUCGUAACCUGGACUGGUACAACCAAUUUCUAACCAGGUUUCCAGCUGUCCCUCGCUUUUCGAGGGGCCAACUCCAACGAUUAGAUGAACACCAGCGAUUUGAACGCGACGACCUCAGCCGUCAAAGAUAACAACGACAGCGACUGGAUGUCAAAGGCUGAUCCCUUUUUAUCAACGCCUGCUGCAAGCCCUGAAACUAACCGACCUACCGACCUGGGCGAGCUUGCCAGCGGCAACUGCUACAGUGACCAGGACCAUGAUGUGCCCACGGACAGCCUGCUGAAUUUCGCUGAUGUCCCUGGUCAACUAUCUCACUUGCCAUUCAACCCUGGUUCAGCCAAUCCCUCCUCCACCUACACCCCAGAUCCUAAUUCCAGCUUGCUCACUUUCUCAUCUUCCAUUAUUGACACAACUCCGACUUCUUCUGCCUCGUCUGUCACCGAUACGCCCACGACCAGCACGACUGUCAUCGCCUCAGCCGCGAUAACCCCUGCCACGAUAACAAAAACAACGUCAACGUCAACAAACGCUCUUCUCCCGUUUCCUACUCCAACGUCACCCCUACCAUCAUCUGCUCUUCGCAAGACCUCGCCUGGAUUAGCUGCCCGACUAAAAGCUUUGGGAUUUGGCGCCCAAAAAUUCUCUACGCCCCCGAUAACGCCUCAAAACGAUCGUAUCGGCCGUCUGAACGAAGAUCAGCUUCGACAGCUCGACGAGAAGCACCAAGCGGGUUCGGUCAAAUCGGUCAUCGCCCGGCGCGGUCGCCCGUGGAAGGGCGCCGGCGCUUCUUCCUCACCAAAGCCCGUCGCCCACGACCCAAGUCUUGAGCUACCGCCGUUCAAGGUCGAGAUUCCCGAUUCUACCGUGGCCUUGUUGCCUGAGAUUCAAACCCCCGAACCCCUGGACAUGGACACUCAAAAGUAUCGGCUCCCUGACCACACCAAUGGCAAUGGGACAAAGGUCACCCUGGAUACUCGCCGCGAACACAUCGAGCGCACCACACGCCCUCCGUCUCCUGAUAGUGCAGGACUGCCCCCUCUACCACCCCCGAAGGAUACACCACUGAUCGCAACUUCUACGCCGGCUACGCCCCCGACCGACUACGUUCCCAGCCUCAACUCAUACUUCACACCUGGUCAUAAUCGCCCCGGUUCUAUAUACACGCUAUCGCGCGCUUCUUUUGCCUCUCAGCUUGCUCAGUUAACGUCAUUGCAACUCCCAGAUGCGGAAUCGCUAGCGAGCCAGGUUACAGCAAUUCCUACGGCUCAGGUAGCUGCCAAAGCACUGAUCAAUGCUGCCGAGCAAAUCAGGAGCUGGAUAUCCAAGGCAUCGGAGGUCGUGGAAGGCCUGGAUAGCGAAGAUGAUGUCGAGUGGGCUGCAGCUGGUGGUCGCGAGGGUCUGGCUGAAGUCGAAAUGGCCAUCACUCGCUUUGAGGAGCUUGUCAAAGCCUAUGUUGGAGCUAUCGAACAGUUGCAAAACAGAAAGGAUGUUGCCAAUGUAUCUGUGCAAGACCUGACCCAAGCUGUUUCGCAAAUGGAGUCAGUCAUUCAUGAGUGGGAGAAAAUCCGCAGGACGCUACAUGUGGUAAGAGCUCAGGUGGAAAUAGCUAUGGAGUGGGAGGAACUUUGGAACAACGUUCUUGGAGACGUACAAGGGGAAAUGGAUGAACUCAGCAGAUUGGUAUUUGAGAUGGAAGAACGACGCCACAAGAGUUUGAUGGCUGCCAACGCUGACAGUGUUGACAUUGGGGACCUUGAGACGAUUGUGGAAGAGAACCCUAUCCAGGCAGCUCGGUUGCAGGCCCCAAGUCGCUAUAGCCUUCCGACCUUUCCAGUAACACCAAACUCACCAGGCACGCCCACCUUGUCGCAGGACGACUCGAGUUUGCUGGCUCUGUUUGCUCGAAUGCAGCCUUUGAGGGCAUCUCUUGACUUCCUGCCGAUGCGGCUGUCCAUGUUUGAGGCGAGGGCCGAGCCAUCGUUUCCCACAGCCUGUGAGGAGCUGAACAUGCGUCGUGAAGGACUUGAUGCUAGCUACAAGAAGCUCGAGAAGGAUGCUGAGUCACUACGCAAGGAGUUAGGAGAGGAUCGAUGGGUUAUUGUUUUCCGAGGUGCUGGUAGGCAAGCACAGAAGAUGCAAGAGUCUGUCGAGCGCUCUCUCCUCAAACUGAGAGAGGCUGCCGACUCCGGUAUGCAUCUGACUAACCAGCCUGCUAUGAUGAAGAAGUUGGAAAGCUACGAGGCCAAAAGAAUGCAUUAUGGGCCAGCCAUUGAGCGUGUCCUCUCAAUCAUCGACAAGGGUGUCAGUGAGCGGCUAACAGUUAAUGGUGAGAUUCUGCGUUUGCAUAACGACAUGCAAAAUAAGUGGCAGGCUUUGAAACAGCAGAUGAAAGACGCAGAGUCAUUGAUUGAGGAAAUUCAUGCUGAUAAGGGUCAGCAGCUGCGGGAUUCCAUCUCCAGUAUGCUCUCAAACGAUCGCUCAACUUUAGGUAGCGGACGUGAAACCCCCGGCAGCUCACCACCAUCGUCAGUCAUCAUGUCGAGUUUGGGACUGGAUCCUCAUACGCCAUUAUCAAAAAACCCAAAAGUACGGGCUACGCCUGGUGCUGCCAACCGCCAAAUUCCUUCGAACCGUCGACACUCUUCACUGCCAGCACCAACAUCACAAACAAGCAGGAAAUCGGGUUUCUCUCGCCUUUCCACUAUCUCAGGCUCUUCGUCUACUACCAGUCUGCCACCCAGCCAGAUUAAACGGCCAGAUUCGAAGCUUGCACACCGCCCACGUUGGAACGCUUCGACAAAUACGUCAGAUGUCGAUACAGGUCACAACUUUAAACCUCUGACGCUAACGACGCCGAGUCCAUAUGCUAAGAAGAGCCCUGUCGCACAUAAAUCCGCUGGCUCAACGACACCUGGUUCCAGCACCUCAAAGCUACCGACAUUGCGCAGCCCUCUAGCACGUGCCUCAUCAGCGUCUCCCAGAGUCGAGGAAACGCCCACUAGAGGCAGUCACUCGAACCUAUCAUUCCGGGAGAGGCUUGCGUCCCCUGGUGCAAACUCUCAGCCAUUGCCAAAGCCACGCCUGGCUUCUCAUCAAUCAACAACGGCCCUCUCCGGCAGACGCUCGUCUCUACAGGCCUCGAGAUCUAUCGGGCCAGAUGGAGACCGGCACAGCAGGCCUGCUAGUUCUCUUGCUAUGUCUUCAAGGAGGAUUAGUCUUCUUCCUCAGCCUACAGAAACCGGCCGGGCCAGCCCUGCGUCUGUCUCGAGUGUUCGGUCUACAAUGCGCAAGCCUUCUCCUGCUGAGCCGAAAGAUUCAAAGCCCAGAUGGAGACAUUGAGAGCUAUCCGCCUCCACUGCAGCAUAGCCUGUUAACAGGCUUCGCCCAGGAACGAAACUUUACGUUCUAAUGUAACACCAUAAUCCAUCGAGUUGACUUCGCUAUACCAACCUCUUAACAUCAUCAAAGAGCCUGGCGUACCAUUUAUGAAAUAAUUCUUUUCUGCAGCAAGGCGUACCGGGUUCUCAUCAAGACGGUUGACGGAGUUUGGGACAUAACUUAAGGGAUGACGGUCUUGCUUUCCCGUUUUCUUUGUCUGGACUCCGUAGUCCCCGGCCACGAGUCAAACUCUUUCGCUCGACAUUUUCUUUCUUUUUGUGCCAAAUUGUGCACAAUGUGCUGUAAUUAGGACGGAGAAGAAGGAAGCUAUGUGGUAAUCUAGGCUGGCACAAUAUUGCUGCAUUGUAACAUUCGCAUCAUGCUUCCGCUCAACGAGCUGCCUGUCUAGAUGUAGAAAGAACUCCAAUCAAAGAAGUAAAGGGUUCCAUGCAAACAGUUCCCAAAAGUGAAACCUCGCUGGCCCAUAGUAUGAUUUCUCUUUUCAUUUUAUUAUGUGCAUGUUUGUGACAAUCCGGCU